CCGAGCAAUAGGAAAUAGUAAUACAAAUUAUGAGAUAACCUAUUUUAAGUUUAAACAUGUGUCACGAUAAAAAGGGGUUUGCAAGCGAAUUAGACGUUAACUUAAUGCACUCAAUUUACUUAACGCCAGGAUGGAUCGAAUUGCAACAAUGUUCACUGUCUUUUUACUUUUUUGGAACUAUUUCGAAGUACAGUCUUUUCUAACAAGGAGUCAACUCCUUACCAAUUUAACAAAUAGUGAGACUUACGAUCGAUGUUUCUCAGCGGAUUAUGACAAAGACAUACCUACUGCGGUUGUUGUUCAACUAGAUGUAUCAGAAGUGACUUCAAUUGAUGAACAAAAAAUGGAAUACAGUGUGCUGAUGUUUGUACGAAUGCAGUGGGAAGAUAGAAGACUUGCUUUUUAUGAUAUCGCUAAUUUCACUCGCCUCGAGUUAACCGGAGAUAUGGUCGACAUGAUUUGGACACCUGAUGUGUACGCAAGCAAUGAAAGAAAAAUUGAUUCUCAUUCUUUUGUGAAGCACCGAGAAGAGCUCGCCUACAUCGAUCCUAAUGGAACGGUGUCUGUCAGUAUGAGAAUUUCGAUGACUAGUUACUGCCUUAUGGAAUUAGAUAAAUAUCCAUUUGAUACACAAACAUGCACAGUGAAGUUGCAAAGUUACGCAUUUACGUCAGACAAACUCAUGUUACAAUGUUCCGAGCAUGGUGUGAUUGAGAAAAACUUUGAUUUGGCAAAUUAUGAUGUAGAUGUCAAAGAGUGUAAAAACGAUGUUGAUAAAGAUGAUAGGAGGUCACUUGUAGCGGGACAGUUUUCCUACGUAUCAGGGAAUGUAAUAUUUAAAAGGAAGCCUUCAUCAUAUGUGUCCAUGUACUUUAUCCCAUUCCCAAUGUAUUUUGUGCUCGCUUUAUUCUCCUUUUGGUUCGUGGAGAUAGGUACUCGCAUCACUUUAUGUACUGGUGGAAUCAUGGCAACUGUGCUACAAUGGAUCGCGAUAUACUCACGAUUGCCACCUGUCUGGUACUUUACAUAUCUUGACGGUUGGAUUUUGCACCACAUACUCAUCGUUUGGGUUAUUCUGAUAGUUCAUGUGUUUAGAUACACAUGUACAUGUGCAUGUGGAAGAGAGGACCAAGAGGAAGAAAGGGACCAAGAAGAAGAAAGGGACCAAGAAGAAACAAAGGUAGGUCAAAUAAACUUUUGCUUUGUUUAUUUUUAUAUAGUGUACUCUUUACGUGAUUCUAAUAAGAAAUUGCUCUUGUGAGAUUAAAAUGGUGUU